AUGAUGUUGCCGACACAUCGUCCUGCAAUGGCAAGUACAAGUAAUCCUCUUCAGCUACCAUCAUCGUCUGCAACUUCGGUACUUCAUUCAUCGGAUGCAUCGCCAAGAAUGCGUAAAGAUGCACAGGAAGUUAAGUUCGGCGUCGGUAGGCAUCGAGAUAAGUUAGAAAAAAUUCGUGACUCAUUGCGACCCUAUGAGCAGCCAUGUAUGGCUGAUAAAAGUGUCAAAAAAGAUACCAAGUAUUCGACUGGUAGCAAGUGUUUAGAGGAAAAUUUAUUAAACAAUCGGCAAAUGAUGCUUAAUGCUUUAACGCAAAUACAUGGAUAUAAGGAGGAGGCAGCUUUAAGCGCUCUAGAAAGGGUUAAUUAUUCAAGUGUCAUCGCUGCGGCCGAGUACCUUGACAAUAUAGGAAAAGAAGCGAGGAAGAACGUUUUUUACCAGGUAUUAUAA